CCCGACCGCGUGUGUUUGCGCGUGUAGGAUCCACGGGCCGAGCUCCGGGAGCCGUCCCGAGACCUCCCUCUUGGACGGCCCGCCUGGGGCUGCACGGUGUCGGCCCCUCACCGCGCGCGGGCCCGGAGAACGGCUGCUUUGCAGACCCUGCUGUGGGCGGUCUGGCUUAUUAUUCCCCUUUUUCUGAACUGUUUUGCCCUUUUAAAGGGCAGCAGUAGCUCGCGUCUUCCCUGCUGACGGUAACGUGCUCCGGGGCUUUGUUGUAGGGGUGAGAGUGGGCGGGCAAUGAGUGCCCAUCAGAGGCGUCCUUGCUGCCUCGGCAAUGCGAGUGAACGAACGGACCAGCACCCCUUAGGCUUUCCGGUUGGCUGCUCCUUGUACCUGCUUGCUAGGUCACGUAUAUUGUUCUGCUCUUGUGAGUCACCCUCCGAGCGACUGAGCUUCUUCCAAGCACCUGCGUAUAGAGUUCGGGUGCCAGGCGUCGGGCCUUGAAGCUAGGGAUGGAAAUGCUGGUCCUGGUAAACCCGUGUGGUUUCAGCUUGAGUUAGCAUGAUUGGCAGUGGAAAUCUGCACCCUCGAGGAUCUGUUAGUAUCUGAUAGAAGUGAUGCUUCAGGAGGCUUACUUGUUAUUAUGAUGUCUCUGGAGGCAUUGCUGAAGGGACUUGCUAUUUAUAUGAUUUAUUUAUUGCCACGUGAAAAAAGCUUUACUUCUUUUGGGGAAAAGCCUCUGUUGUGUAAAAGGUGAUACAGCUAUUGGUGCAAAUCGGUAGAAUGCAUGUUUCUCUGAUGGUUUUAUGUAGUCAUGUAACACCGUGUAUUAGUAGUUCUCUAACUGUGGUCUUCCGUGAUCUGGAACUAAGUGGUCUGUGUGAAGCUACGUAAGGUUUGUGAUAUUUAAAACUAAAUUCUUGAUAGGGUACCAGUGGUCUGGAACAAACCCCACGGUUGGCAAUGGCAUUAAGAAUGGGGAGCAAAAUAGUUCUGGGAGAUAAGGAAGCUUUUAGAAGAGUGAAACUUCCUGCGUUUCUGCACCAGUCUCAAGACAAGGCCAACCCCUUCUGGCAUACCUGCUCUUUCGAGCUAGCUUGGUACAGUGUUAGGCCCGAAGAAUACUUUUUUCCUUAAAAGAAAGGUGAAAAAGUGAUGCAGUUUUAGUGAUUAACAUUAUUUAUGCUAUGAAUAUAAAACAGGCAUAGGAGAGUUCUGUUCUCUUUUUUUUUUUUUUUUUUUUCCCCCCUCUUUACCUCUCUUUAAGACUUUAGACUUUAGAACAAGUCACUUAACAACAGGUGAUUAACUGAAGAUCCCUUUGCAUUCUGUGAGACUUCACAUGUCCUCGGGGACCCACCUGCAUUUAACAGACCAGAGUUGGAACGAAGUGUUAUCUCUGACUUUUGUGCUCUCCCUUUCUAAAAUGGAAUACACCGAUGUGAGGGCUUUUUCAGCUGAAACUUUAAUAUACCAGCAGUUCAACUCUGAUUUGGUUUGGUUUUGUUUUCAUUUUCCCUGUCUUUUUGAUUGCUGUCAGCUUCACUCAAUCUUUAACGUCUGAAGGUUUUUCUUUUGUAAUUUUAUUUCUUGCUUUUAUCUUGGUCAUCCUGGUUUCAGUCUCUCUUGUUUGCAUCUUUAUGAAUUCUUGGGCUUUUUUUCCCUUUGACUCCCUCCUGUUGAAUAGAAGCAUAUAUCUGUGAAUCUGACUUACGGGUUAAUGCAAGCUAGGAUGUAACAUUUUAUUCGAAGAGGUUGUUACACUGGGGUGAGCUCCAAACAAUUGGUUUGCUCAAAUAAAUAAACAAGUGACUGCUCCUUAUUCUGGACAGUUGUCAGCUUGUACUUAACCAAUAACAAUGUGUGUUAAAAUAGUUAUGCCUAUUACGAUUAAAGAUGAGAAGUUCAGUAGUAUUUGAAUUUAGUAUUCCAGCAGUAGUUUUGUUUCAUUUUAGGAUCUGUUUAGAGUAUAGUUUUGCCUCUUGGGGUUCUUAAGUAUACUAUGGGGUUUUUUGAGGUUUGGGGUUUUUGUUACCAGGAAAGUCUACUGAAAUACAAGAAGGGGUUAAUUAAAGAUGACUGAAAAUAUGGCCUCAUAACCUCUGAAGUAUGGCUGGUUUCUAGAUGAUGGUGCUUCUAGAUGGUCCAUGUGAAAUUUGUUAAUCUUUAUUUGUAGGUAAUUUUAUUGUUAACUGUGAGUUUCUAUAUUGUAAUUAUCUGAAGAAUGCUUUUGAAGUGUUGUUUUGUUGUUAUUGUGAAAUAUUAGUGUAAAUGUAAUAAUUUCCUGUUAAAUGUAAGUCUAAAGAGGAGUAAUUUGCUAGUUCAGCCUUUUAGUCUUCAAAUCCUGCUUUUCACACAGGCCCUGUUAAUAUUUUCAGUCAGAAUAUUAGUGUGGUUUUCCUUUCAGUAUAAACAGGCCUUGCAUUUGUGAAGGAGUGUAAUGGCUGAGACUUUGCUUUAGGUUAAUAGAUGAGAUUCAGCUGGUGAAAAAUCAGUAAAAUAUAGUUACCAGUCAGCCAGGGAUAGACCUUGUGGGUACACUCUGUAUUUGUUGUGUAAUGUGGGGUGUUUAACAUAAUUCAUACAGUAACUUCAUUAGUACUGAUAAGGGGUUUUGUUUUUUGUUUUCUUUUAAAUCAAGUAAUUGAUGGAAGUCUUAACACAAUUCAUGCUUCUACUUCUUAAAGGUGUUAUUUUGAGGAUGACUGAUCACUGGGAAUGUGUUUUCCUGUAAUUCUCUUUUCCAUAUCCCUUCUUUUUUAUUUUCAUUACAAGCAUAAGUCGAGAUUUUUUUCGACCGAAGUGGGGCAAGAUUGUCGAAUUUGUGAAUUCGAUUUAUGUUCACAAAUCACUAGGUGGCAGUACUGCUGUUAUUUCCACCUAGUUGCACUUGCUUCAAUUUGCCUGCUCUUUUGUCCUUAAGUUUCCUAAUACAAAAUAUUCUAGUUAGCAAGGAGGCCCAAAAGUGACUCAAGUUAGGCUGAAUUUUUGAGGUGCUGCUUGCUGCAAAUUCUGUGCUUGUGGAUUGGACUGUGAAGACUUCCUGGUAUUGCUCGUUUUGGUUUUUUUUUAAAUCACUGCAAAGAAAAAUCAGUUCCACACCCAUCAGUCAUUAACGAUUUUUAGUCUGAUCUUACUGGAGAACUUUUUUCCUGCAAAUCCCCUAAGGGAAGCUGGAAAUUCUCAUUGGAAACUUUGUUGAGGACUGAACACUGUUAAAGACUGGAUUGCUUGGGGUUUUCCCUGCUGUGUUCUUCCACCCCAGUGCUUCUCUAUUUCUCUCAUAUAAUUGGUUUCAGCUUUUCAUAGCUGAAGGAAAAUGAUGGAGGAGAGUGUAAUAGAGACAACUCCACCUGGCACGCCCUCACCAAGCACAGCAGGGGCUGCUGCUGCUACACCCAUCUCAUUAGCUUUGCCUAGUCCCCUUGCUACACCAAGCAUGUCAUCUUCUCCCACAUACUCACCGCCCUUGCCAGCUGGACUGUCUCCACUUCCUCCUCCUAUGAUGACUUCAGCUUCUCUGCCACUUGUGCCUUCUGCAACGGUUUCUACUGCUGCACCACCUCCAAUUCCUGCCCCACCUCCUGUUUCCCCUUCAACUUUUGGUACCUCCAUGUCCCAGUUCUCUACACCUUCUCCAUUAAGCUCUACUACAAGCCCUGCACCUCCCACUGGUCCCCCCAUUUCAGGAUUUUCUAUGUCUUCAACCUAUGACAUUACAAGAGGUCAUGCUGGUCGAGCACCACAGAGCCCGCUGAUGCCAUCAUUUUCUGCACCUCCAGUCACCGGUGUUUUGGCAGAUCCUAUUACUCAACAAGCAACUUUCUCAUCACCUUUGGCUCCUGGAACUGGUUCUGCAAUCACUUUUCCUGAGGAGCAUGAAGACCCCAGAGUAUCUACUGCCCAAGCUGGAGCACCUGCUGGAGGACUGUGGGGGUUUAUAAAGGGUGUAGCUGAGAAUCCCAUGGUGAAGUCUGUUCUUGAUAAAACCAAGCAUUCAGUGGAGACUAUGAUCACAACGCUGGAUCCUGGCAUGGUUCCAUAUAUCAAAACUGGGGGAGAACUGGACAUAGUGGUUACUUCUAAUAAAGAGGUAAAAGUCGCAGCAAUUCGAGAUGCCUUUCAAGAAGUCUUUGGAAUGGCUGUUGUUACUGGAGAGGCUGCACAGUCUAACAUCGCACCCCAACCAGUGGGUUAUGCUGCAGGUUUAAAAGGAGCCCAAGAAAGGAUAGACAGCUUGCGUCGGACAGGAGUAAUACAUGAAAAACAGCCUGUUGUAUCAGUAGAAAGCUUCAUUGAGGAAUUGCUUCCUGACAAGUGGUUUGACAUUGGAUGUCUGAUUAUUGAGGAUCCAAUUCAUGGAAUUCAUCUAGAAGCUUUUACCCAAGCAACACCAGUGCCUUUGCAAUAUGUUCAACAGGCUAAGAGUCUCACUCCUCAGGACUACAAUCUGAGAUGGUCAGGCCUGUUGGUGACUGUGGGCGAAGUGCUUGAGAAGAGUAUACUGAACGUCAGCAGGACUGAUUGGCACAUGGUUUUCACUGGCAUGUCCCGUCGACAGAUGAUCUACAGUGCAGCUAAGGCUCUAGCAGGAAUGUACAAACAACACUUACCACCCAGGACCGUUUGAAAGAAGGCUAAUCCAUGACGCUAAGGAAUACUGGCUUUGAUUCUAGAAUUGAAGUGAAAGCUACAUAUUCUAAUUCUUGGUGAAUCCAACACAGAUUUGUAAUCUAACUGUAACUGUAUUUUACCUUUUAAGAAGUGAAGGUAAAUUCCAGUGGUGGAAAUGAGCAAUUGCAGCUUUUAACUACUAUAUGAUUUCCAGUAUGAGUCACAAAACAGGAAAUCAGAACAAACAUAUAUUUAUAACUGGGAAAAAUAGCAUUACAGUUUGCAAAGUGGAAUGUGCUAUUAUUUGACACCUUACUAGGCAUUUGCUGAGAUAUUUUUGUUAGUAUACUUUUUUUUAAAAGAAGGGGUUCAUUGUUUAGCUGUUUCUAUGACAUUAAUAAUACAAACAUGUUUACAGCAUAACAUGUAUGUUACAUAUGCAUUUCAAUCCAGAGAGACUACCUUCUGUAUUAGGUGUUUUCUUGGGGCCUCUGCUUAGGUGGUACUUAAUGCCUCAUAGGUUUUGUGUCUGUAUGUAAGUUCUCAGGAGUGAUGCUGAGUAGUUUUUACAACAUGUAACAGUGAGCUGCUGAAGAAGAGCACGUAUCCAUGCCCCAUUAGUUGAAGUUGUUGCUGAAUAAUUUUGAAGUCUCACUUUCUAUGCUGCAUCUUUUUUCUUUUUAUGUAACUGUAAUGAAAUUCAUGUCCAGUUAAAACACUAGACAAAUCUCAAGUUGCUUUACUGGGUUUUAGACAGGUACCACAUACGCAUGAAAUUAUCUCAGCAUAACAUAAUUAUGUUUCAACAACAUAAUUUACUCUAGUGCUUCCAACCUUUAUAUUUUGUAUGAAAUUAUGUAAUUUCUUCUAUCAAGUAUGGUUGUGAGCCAUUUGAUGUGGAAAAUGGCGAAACAUGUAUCACUUGCUUUGAUAUCCUGGGUUUUCUAAACAUUUUUAAGUCUUAAAUGCCUUCUUGAUGUCAUGAGCUCACGGUUUCUCAUAUAAAUAUUUAGUGGUAUCUUAAUUUUUUUUCAUGGAUAUAAAUGCCCUCUAUCCAAAGCUCACACAGUCUUAAAUCUAUAUUUAGAAAUAUGGAAGUAACGCUGAAGACAAUAUUUUGGUAAUACUCAUUUUUUUGAGAAACAAAGAAUAAACAGAUACUUUUUGUUUGUCUUAAAGAAGCAGUUUUUCAGUUUAUAUUGCUCUGCCUUUACCUUUCUUGGAUGCUUUCAAAGGACAUUUUUAUGUACAAUGUACUGUUAAUCCAGCUCAUGUUUGAACUCAGUGAAAGCUUGUCUAUUUCCAAGUAAUAUAUUUUGCCUUAAUUGGCUUAUUUGGUAAAUUAGAUUAAUAAAUGUUUUUUUAGAAGGUUG